AGUGCGCCCCGCCUCGCCAGGUGGGCCCCACCCUCUUUCUGCCGGGCCACCUUCGGCUGUUCCUUCCAGGCGGCCGCCAUUGGUUCCAGCUCUCACCGAGCAUUUGGCGUUUGGCGCGGUUCUGAACGGUGGGGAGUCGCUGUGUGUCACUGGGGACAAAGUGGGGGGCCAGGAGCGUUUUCUCGAAUUGUGGGCAUAGGAGGCAGAGACUCCUCACACCGAAGGCCCGAGAAAGGAACUUGCUGGAGACGAGCCUGAAAGCUUAACUGGGCCCCUCUGCGAGCAUCGUACUUGAACGCGAGGCGCUCCAGAGCGCGUGCGCAGCAAGGGGCUUCCCGCACCUGAUCGCGAGACCCCAACGGCCAGCGGCUGGAGGCCUCACCUGCGCGGCCGGGUGGAGCCCGUCAUGGCGCAGCUGUGUGGGGCGAGGCGGGGCCGGGUGCUCCUCGCCCUGCUGACGUUGCUGCUCGUCUUCGGAGCCGAAGCCGAGAACGGAGAACCUAAUAGCCACGGUGAGGACCCAGACUUUUGCCAAGUUCCAAAGGUAGUGGGAAAAUGCCGGGCUUCCUUCCGCAGAUGGUGGUACAAUGCCACUGAUGGAUCCUGCCAACAGUUUGUGUAUGGAGGCUGUGGUGGGAACGACAAUAAUUAUCUGACCAAGGAGGAGUGUCUUGAGAAAUGUUCUGGUUUCACAGAGAACACCAUUGAUGGUCUGCCAACCAGCAGGAAUGGAGCAAAUUCCUCUAUCCCAAGUGUUCCCAGAAGGCAGGAUUUUGAUGACCCCUCCAGCAGUGUUUUCAACUACGAAGAACACUGCACUGCCAAGGCGGUCACAGGGCCUUGCCGCGCAUCCUUCCCACGUUGGUACUUUGAUGCUGAGAAGAAUGUGUGUGAUUACUUUAUCUAUGGAGGGUGUCGGGGCAAUAAAAACAACUACCUCUCCAAGGAGGCAUGCAUGAGCCGCUGCAUUGGCAAGCAGUUGUAUCCCGUCCUGCCCCGCAGCACUAAAGUGGUGGUCCUGGCAGGGCUGUUCGUGAUGGUCCUGAUCGUCCUGCUGGGAGCCUCUGUAGUCUGCCUGAUCAGGGUGGCGCGGAGGAACCAGGAGCGUGCCCUCAGCUCUCUCUGGAGUUCCGAGGAUGAUAAGGAGCAUCUGGUGAAGAACACGAUUGUGCUGUGAACACCUUGUCCCCAAGAGGCCACCCUUCUUCAGGAUUCAGGAUCCACUCUCCAUGAAAAGAGCCUGGAGAGAGAGAAGGGAGAGAACUAUAAAAUGCGUGUGUGCUUUUUAAAAUAGAGUGAUUGAUUUGUAUUUUUGUGAUUAUUAGGGCUUUUUGUCUUUUUGUUACUUUAGAAGUUAAGAAGGCUGCUUCCUGGUUCUCCCGGGUAGGUUCGCUUUGGACACCCCCUAAGAGGAGGGCUCUGGUUCACAUUCAGAUGAAACUUUUUUGCCUCCUUUCCCAUCACAAAAGUAAUGUUUUAAGUUUCCUUUGUUUGAUUUGUGGGUUUAAUUUUUUUUUAAAUAACCAGAAACAAAAGUGUUGCUUUUUUAAAUUAGGAUUCUGAAAGGAAGACAGUAAAAUAUACAGGUUUAGUAAAAAGGGUCUUCCCUUUUAAAAUAAAUUUCAGCAUGUGCUUUCUU